UACAAACGUAGGAAUGGAAGCUAUAAUUAAUUAACGAGAGAAAAAUGCGUGAUUUAGUGUUGUUUGGUUGUAAAGUUGUAUUACAAGAGGGGUCUGCAGAGUUAGAGAUAAAGAAAAUGCAGAUAACUCAGCACCCCGAAGAUGAAGACAAUGUCGAGAGAAGUGAUGAUGCUACUUAUAGCAAGCUGGAAAAGGAGAAGAAGAAUAAGAGGAAGAACCAAAGUGAUCAACAUGAUGUGGGAUCAAAGUCUGGUGAGGUUAUUAAUCUCAAGCCAAAGAAGAAAAGGAUUUCCAAAUGCCCGACUAUGGGACAAUGUGGAUCGACAGCUAUGAUGGAGAAACGGGAAGUUCCCUAGGUACUUGAUUGAGACUGACAAGCUAGUAUGUGCCUGUACCAUGGCAUUAAAUGACUGCUUCCUCCACGUGUCUUUGUAAUAAAUGCACUUUGUACUAUGUUAGGGUUCCCCUUGAU